UUCCGAUUGCGCGUUGGAGGGCGUGUUUUGCGCGUUUUACUGCUCGUACAACGACUGAACGACCAAAUGCUGAUUACGCGACGGACGGCGGAGUGAUAACGAUCAGACCGAUCAGUAGGCAAGCACCGCACUCGUGUGUGUCGCCCGUCGUGCGCGCUCGAACUUAUUUAUUAUUAUUAUUAUUAUCACUGUUGUGUGUUUAUCAUAAUAUUAUUUAAUAAUAAUAAAAUAUUUUAACGUUAUAAAUUACAAUAAUAUAAUAUCGUUAUUACAUACAACAACAACCACCGGUGACGGACGUUCAGUACGCCGUGAAACGACGACAGACGUUUAUUCCGGGCCCGUUGGCCACUACAGGAUCGCGUCUCGUCGUUUUUCGAUUCUCCCCUGUGAGAAAACGUCCGUCCGACUGGCAGUCGACUUCAACGAAAAUAUUUGACCGCUUCGACCAAUUAAAAACGAGUACAGCAGAACACACCUGUCGUCGCGGUUUUCCUUUUGUCCACGACAUUGUUCACCACACUUCUCAACAACUACCCUUGGAUACCAAGCGACCCCCGCUCUGGCAUUUCAUUCUUUAUCAACCGCACUGUAUAAUGAAUAUUAGUUAUCUAUGGCAAAGAUGAGGUAUGCAGAUAUGCCCAGAGAUAUUUCUAUUGACAAUUUCCCUUCGCUCAAUGUAUCUGAGAAAGUAAAGUCAAAGGCAUACGAUGAUGAUGAUAAAUUAGAACACUUAGUUUCCAACACAGAGUAUAGAAAAUUAACCACAUACAACUCUCUGAAAAAACAUCCAUCAAAUCUUUCAACUCCGUCGUGUGAACAAAGACAUAGAAGACGUCUUUCAGAAACAUUAACAUGUGGUUUGGCAAGACAAUGUAAAACUCACAGUCUUCCUUGUAAUAUGACAUUAAAACAUCCUUAUAGUGUUUCACCGGUCGAUGAAAAAGAUGUUGAUAAGGCUAAAGGUGUUUUGUCUCCUGGUAUACUUCCAGAAGAUUGGGCUGCCCAACUCACAUUAUUAGAUUUAAGUAUAUUCAGUCAAAUAUCCCCAGAAGAGUUGUCUUCAUGUUCUUGGAACAAAAAGCAAAAAUUAGAAGUUGCACCAAAUGUAGUAGCAUUUACUAGGCAAUUCAAUCAUGUAUCAUUUUGGGUUGUUCAAGAAAUAUUGAAAGGCACCACUCCAAAACUGCGUGCUGAUCUGAUAACUCAGUUUAUAAAGAUCUCCAAAAAAUUAUAUGACCUUAAUAAUUUUCAUUCAUUAUUUGCUGUUAUUUCCUCCCUUCAAAGUGCAUCAGUUUAUAGAUUAUCUAAAUCCUGGAAUAAUGUGUCGAAGAAAGAUCGGCAAUCAUUUGAUAAAUUAGCCAAUGUUUUCUCAGAAUGUAAUAACUGGAGGAAUCUUCGGGAUCAUCUCGAAACCUUACGUUUACCAUGUAUACCUUAUUUAGGUGUAUUUUUGACUGAUUUGGUGUAUGUUGAUAUGGCGCAUCCUCAUAAAAGUACUGGCUUGUUAGAAUCUGAAGCAAGGCGACUGAAAAUGAAUAACAUUUUAAGAGUAAUAUCACAUAUGCAGCAGAGCCGAUAUGAUCAUUUGAUUCGGUCUUCUAGGAUAAAUGAUUAUUUAAAUUCAAUUAGAUAUAUAGAAGAACUGCAUAAGUUUGUUCAAGAUGACCAAUACAAAUUAUCAUUAAAGCUAGAACCUUUAUCCUGCCAAACAGAAAACUCUAGAGGUUCUAAGGAAUCUGUCAAUCAAGUGUUGUUAGAUUCAUUGAGUUUAUCACCAGCAAAAUCAACAGACUUAAUGAGAAUAAGAAAAUUUUCUUUGUGCAAGCAACAGCCACAGAAAACAAAUUGUUCAAAAUAUCGCAGUGCAAGUUUACCGCGUAGUUUUCUUAAAAAACCUGUGAAUCAAUCUGCAGUGUGUAAUAAUAAUAGCUUGAUCCACAAGUCUGAUGAAGGAAUAUUGUCAACUGUAAACUCAAGGAAUUUACUCGAUGACUCGCUUAUUGAAGAGAAUACAUUAGAUCUGUCUAACUUAAAUCUAUCACCUUCUCAAACAUUGAAAGGAGCGCAUAAAAUAAGUUUAGAAAGUUGUUUAAGGCGUAAAGUGGUUUUGAAAAAUGGACGAAAACCAGCUGUAACAACUUGGCAGCGAUAUUGGAUACAACUAUGGGCAUCGGUAUUAAUUUAUUAUUCACCCAAGUCAUUUAAAGGUUGUAAUAGAAAUGAUUUUAAACGAGAGCCAUGCAAGCUUUGUCCGUUAAAAGGUUGUACUAUAAGUCUUGGUGAUAAUCCAGAUACGUUUUUAAUCAAGCAUCCUGAUCAAAGAAAUACUUAUAAGUUUCGAGCUGAGAGUGACAAUACAGCUUUACAAUGGUAUAGACGAUUGUAUCAUGCAGCACAGUCAGUACACCAACCUGAUACUAAACUACCCGAUAACCUUAUAAGUUUUGACUGAUUAGUUUUAAAAUUUCAUGUGAGUUUUUUACUUAAAAAUAGAAAAAACAACUUAAAAAAAUAAGAUUAUUUUAUGAACACAACCUUUGGGGUUAUUAAAAUACAUUAUAAUAUAAAUAAUAUCUAUAUGAGAUUUAAAUUGUACUAAAAGUGAUAAUCGUUACCAAAGAUGAUUUUUAGAUAGAAUAAUAUACAUAUAAACAUAAAAUAUUAAGAUUAAAUUAGGUUAGCUUAAGUUUAAUAUAAAUUGAAAUUGCAAUAAAUUAAAAAAUACAUAAUAUUUUAAAACACAUAUCAGAUGUUUUAAAAUUAAAGACUUUAUCUUUUUUGAAAAACAUACAAUAAUUUCUAUAAGAAAUAUUUUAUUUUUUUUACAUUUUUUGUCUCCUUUGUCUAAAAAUAAAAUUGAAACAACUAUAAAUUAUAAUAUAUCUUGCCAUACAAUUAAUUGUGUUGGAGUUAUAACAUACUUGUUUUGAGUUAAUUUACAACUUCAAGUGCUUGUUUACCAACAUUUUAUAUUUUAAUUUCUUAAUUACUUUAUUAUUUUAUAUUAUAUUUAAGUUUAGUAUGGUGUUUUAUACUUUUUGUUACUCUUCUUAAGUCUGACUUUGUUUUAAACAUUUAAUUUAAUUAAUUAGCUUAAAUACUAUUUUAUUUCAUAUUUCAGUUAAAUUUGAUUGCAGUUGCUUUUUGUAAAAAAAAAAUAUUAUUAUAUUUAAUAAUAUAAUAUAAUAAUAAAUUAAUAUGAUUUAAAUAUUUUAGUUUAAAAAUUGAUAACUAUUUUAUCAUAAUAUAUUUAAAAUGUGUGCAUAAGUUCUGUUACAUAUUCUACAAGAUUACAAACAGUGUGUUUAGUAGACACCUAUCAGAAAAUUUGAAUAACAUAUCUCUGAAUAUUGUAAUUAUUAAGUUUUGUAUAACUAAUGUUAUUAAUCUAUUAAUUGUUUAAAAUUAUUUUAUUUUUUACACCCGCUGUUGUUUAUAUAAUUAUGUAUGUAUUUAGUUAAGCCUAAUAUUAUCCAGAAAUGCUUAAAUUAAGUUGUGAACAUGCACAUAGUCCUAAAAUAAAAUAAAAAUGGCCAAAGCCUAAGUUCCUUACACAAAAAUGUUUAGAUAGUUAUUAGUUAUUAUGAACUAAAACCAUUAAUAAAUUAUUGUUUUAGAGAUUUAAUUGAAAAAAAAACAUGUUUUGUUAAUGUAUUUUCUCAAGUUAACUUUAUUUUUCUUUUGCCAAAAAUAUAAUGAAGUAGAAAAUAUGUUUUAUGAUAUCUUAAAACAUACCUUUAUUAUUAAAAACAUCUUAAUAAUCAAGUAAAAAUAGCAAUUUCAUAAAAUAUUAAUUAAUAUUUUUUUAUCAUAAAUAAUCAAUUAUAAUGUAAUUUAUGGAGUAGGUUGUGACAGACCUUAAAUAUUUAAGUAGAUGAAAAAUUUUGGGUAUAAUAUAAAACAAUUCCGAAUAACCAUGAAUCUUUAUUAAGUAUUAUAUUUUUGUACGCUCUUGUUCUAACCAUUUAAUUGAAUUGUUGAGUAUUAUUUUUGAAGAGAUAAAUAAGUUUAUCAAUCAUCUGGUAAUUAUUCAUUAACUCAUGAUUCAUAUUUAUCGAAGUAAAUAUAUGUUUACUAAAAUUGUAAAUUAUUUUACUUAGAAAUGAUAAAAUAUUAUGCUUAAAAAGUGUUUGUUUUUAAAACUAUAAUUUAUUUGUCACUGUCAUAGAUCUAUAAUUAUCCAAUAUAGUUAAAGAUCUCUAAUAGCAAGUAAGAUGUGAUUAAAUAAAUAGUAAUACAAUUAAAAAAACAUUAAUAAUGUGAGUGAUACUAAAUGAGUUUCAUAGAUAAAUAAGAUUUAUUAAUAGAUUUCAUAAUUACACAAUGUGCUAAUAUUUUGGUUUUCCUAUAUAAUUCAAGUUAAAUAUGAUUUGUUGUAACCAAUUAUAUUAGCGAUUAUGUUUUAUUUCUGUUAUAAAUUUAUUCAGAUUUUGUUGUGUUCAUUUUUAAUUUAACUGUUUUAUUGAUAUCAGUAUUAUACUGAAACAUAUUUUUAAAAAGGUUGAUCUACAAUAAUAUUAUGAUUUUAUUUCUCAACCAGGAGUUUAAUAAUAGGAAAUAAUUAUUGUAUUAAAUUAAUAAAAUCUGAUUGUUUUAAAAGUAAUUAAUUUUUUUUAAUGAGACAACAUUGUUGUCAAAAGACAUACAAUGUGUAUACUAAUGUUAUAGCUAGUGAUUUGUUGUGCUAAAUGCUUAAAUUAUUUAGAUUUAUAAAUUUGAGAUUGUAUUAUACCAAUUGUUUAGUCUUUAAUAUAAUGCUGAAUUAGUAAUUUUCCUGUGGUCUUACAAUAUUAUACAUUUACCUAAUCGAUCUCAAUUUAAAGAAUACAAUGAUGUCUUUAAUUAAAAUAAUUUAAAAAUAUUGUAAUGUUUUUUUUUUAAUAAAUGCAAAUAAACAAGUCAAAUUUCAAAAAUCUAUUUACCAAAUACCAAGUAUAGUAUAUAAUAUAUAUUUAAUAUAUUAACAAAUGAUUUAAAGAAACAAAUUGUUCUCAUUACCUAAUUUAAUCCAUUUUAAAAUUAUUUUCUAUCUGUUGACUUGUAAAAUGAAUAACAAAUGUAUACUUACAACAUCCUUUUCUGCCAGCAUUUAAUUUUAAUUACUAUUUUUGUUAUUAUACAUGCCUGAUGCUUUUAUUUCAAAACAGUGAUGAAUUAUAAAUUAUAAUAGGUGUGUAAUUGGCGCCUUUGUGUUUGUUUUGUUUAAUUGUUGUGUUUCAAAUCGAAUAUAAUUUGUUGAUUAUUAUUGAUUAGUAAUAUGAUGAUACAAUAUGUAGAGAUACCUGUGUGUUUAUUUAUUGAUGUUCGAAAAUGUUAAUAUUCACCUAUUCUGAUGGUCAAUAUGGUACUUUUUUAUAUAUUAUUUAGUUAUGUACUUGCGUAUAAUACAUAUUAUAUUUUAUUCUUUUAGAUGUAUAAAAGCAAUAAUUAAACGCUUAAGAUUAUUUAUUUGUACAAUACUUAUGUAUAUUGUUCACAUAUAUGUCAAAAUAAUAAAACGUCCUAUAUAAUA